AAACGCAUCAAUACGUUCGCACAUCUUGUCAACGGCUUCUCUGCAAAAAGCAUUGGGAAGUCCGAGUCCGGGGACAAAUAAGAAAAAGGAUUCGAAACGAAGGAGUUCACGGAAAAGUGAUUCCGCGGCAUCAUCGAAAACCGAUCAACCGACCAGUCAGUGGUAUACCACAACUGAAAUAUCUCAAAAUACAUCAACUCCUGUUACGCCAUUGUUAUCUAGUUAUCCUAGUACUCCAAUAUUCGAGCUUCGUCAAGAGCUAACACCUAAACGUCCUUUAAGAUCAGAGAUAGAAAAGGAAAGGAGAAUAAGUAAUCGGUUGUCCGGCCAAUCUCAACAUUAUUUAAGAAAUGUAAAUAACGGAAUGGAUUCAAGUAGUUUAGGGAAAGGAAAUAGGGACAGUAUUGGCACGACAGACAGUACAGCAUCCGAAGAUGAUCCACCGCCGCCAUUACCCGUGAAAACGCGUGAAGCUGAUUACUGUAAUCUUCCGGACGAAUUACCCGCUUCCCAUUGCGGAACAGAUAGUUUAAAUAAUUUAAAUAGACCUCUGGGGCACUGGACAAAGAACAAGCUUCCAACACCUACAGACGAUCUUGACGUUCAGAUGAAACCACCUACACCACCGCCGAAACCAAAAAGACCGCCUUACAGUUUAAACAAGCUAAUGCAUCCUACUGGCGAUGUAGAUAACUUUAGUCAAGAUCCGUCCGUAACUUGACAUAGACUUUUUUACGAUCGUUUUUCUUGCCAGUAUACUGAGCAUUGCGUGUAAUAAUAUUUAUAGAAAUGUUUUUAUCCCGAGCAGUAUAUAGAAUGAGCUUAAAAUUUAAUAUAUUUUGUGUUCCACGAUUAUAGUACGGUUACACGAUACAGUUAUUAACAUAGAACGAAAUGCUAAAAUUAGCAAAUUGAACUCGGUCAAAAUUAUUCGUUAAUUCCGUGAGAAGUAACAGUAAAACGUUUCUGCUAAAUUCCAACGACUGGAUUUAAUACGAUUCCCAGAGAAACUAUUUUUUGGUACAUGACACGAACUCCCAUACGAUGUUAGGUCUAUCAUAAUACCUCUUCUGUGGUUUAGUACGUAGGUAAAAAGUUACCAUUUACAUUUGUUUUUCUGUACCUUUGUUCUUGCAUCAGUGAAAAGGUGUUUAACAAUACUGACAGUAAUUAACAAAUUAUAUAUAAUUAUAUAAGAUUAUAAUAUUCUUUAUACACGUAUACUAAAAGCUUUGCCGCUAUUCCAUCCAAUUAUGGAAUUUUCGAACAAACUAUAUACAUCACUAAUAUACCUAUAACAAAAAUCUAAUGAUGAUUCACGGAAGCACAGUUUCAUAUUACACGAUUCGUAUGUUUGACAUUUUUUCUUUUUACACGCGAAUAUUCAACUACUACGUACUUCACAUAAUUAAUGGACUAAAAUACUAUGAUACGAAAGUAUAAAUAUAAAGUAUGCAUAAUAUAAUAAUUAGAGGCUGAUAUUACCAUUUUUACUGCGUAUUUUUGUAAAUUUUGAUAUUAGGCGUUUUCCCUACAAUAUAUCCCUUUUUAAAGCAAAUUUUACUGUUACCGUUGUUAGUAUUUUCUACUGUUUUAUUAUGCCAAUACGAACAAUUCAACAGAGCUAUUUUUAAAAUGCAAAAUAUUUUUGGCGUCCACCAGUUUUUCAUGCUCAAUUUUAUAUCAGAAAUCUGUUUCAUCGAUUCUUAUGAAACUAAUGUUGUCAAUAUACAACUAUGACCUAAGCAUUACCGAUUUAUUGUGAUUUAGUCGUAUAAGAUAAGAAUUUAUGCUUUUCAUAACAAUUGACGACAAGAGAUUCAUAAUCUUAUGAAUAAUGAAUUAAUAAUGUAUUGGAAUAUAAUCUUAUAAUUUCUAAGCACAAAGAAAAACAACAGAAAAGCAUUAAUUCUAUGCAUGAAAGACAACUGAUUGAUCAUAAUUGAAUUUACAAUGUUUAUUUAUUGUACUACUGUACGAUACCAUAACAGAUUAUUAAGAGUCAAAUAACGAAUUUUAACGAUAAAACCAUAGACAUCAGUUACGAAGCACUAUAAUAUAAUAGGAGAAAAGCAAUUCUCGCGUGAGUCUCAUACCAAAGAGAUUAGUGCUUUAUUUAUUUAAUUUGUUAACAAAUGGUAUGUAUUAGUUAAGCAAUGUUAUACGACAUUACCUGCUUAAAACACGAAUAAUAUAUGUAUAUUCAGUAGUUUUAUCUUUCAUUAAUGAUGAGCUAAAAGUUACAAUUGUACGCAUGUAGUUUUAGUUAAUUUUUAAAGUUUACCGUAAACGAGGAAAAGAAAUAAUAUACAUUUAAUGUGCCAUUUCUUUCUUUAAUGUUCAUAAUGAUCGAUUUAAAUUUAAUUUAGGGACCAAUGUAACGACGUUGUAUGUCAAAGUUAAAAUUUAUUUACUGUUGCUCAUAAUACAUAAUUCUAUUCAUAAA